CGUGCAAAAAGGGGAGGUCUCGAGACCUUUAAAUAGCAGCAGAAACACUCUAAGCUGCUCUGUGUUUGCUCAGCAUUGGAAGAACACACAACGACAAGCUAAAUCUUUUCAAGAAGCUCUACACAAGGAAAACUUCUUUCAGUCAGAAUGCAGUACCUGAUUAUGCUGGUCUUAGCCCUUUGUGGGACAAGCUUGUGCAACCGGCUUCAGGAGCAACAGACAGAUUUUGGGCUGCGGUUGUUCUCUGAAGCCGUCCAGACUUCACCGGACAGAAACCUGGCUCUCUCUCCCUUUGGCAUCUCCUCAGUGCUAGGCAUGGCUCAACUGGGUGCCUAUGACAGCACCCUUCAAAUGCUCACCUCCAAGAUGGGCUACUCAUUGCAAGCUCGAGGAAUGCCAAAGCUACAGAGGCUUCUCCAGAGAGAUCUGGCCAGUGAAGAGGGAGUGGAGGUGGCCAGUGGUGUCAUGGUAGACAGGAAGGUAGUCUUGGAAAAGGUCUUUAGGCAUAGCCUGAACAAAGCAUUCCAGAGCGUCCCGCACCAAAUAGACUUCAGCAAGUCAGAGAAUGCACGGAAGGUGAUCAACUCCUGGACAUCUGAUCACACUGCAGGAAUGAUUCCUGACUUCCUUCCAUCUGAUGUCCUGAGUGAGCAAACACGCUUAGUCCUCUUGAAUGCUCUCCAUUUCCAUGGGCUCUGGAAGACACCAUUUGACCCUAAACUGACUAUGGAACAGCUCUUUCACAGAGUCAAUGGCAGUGCUGUAUCUGUUCCAAUGAUGAGAAUGACUCAAAAAUUUAACUAUGGUGAAUUUGUGACUGAGGAAGGUAUGGACUAUGAUGUCAUUGAGGUGCCUUAUGAGGGGGAGUCACUUAGCAUGCUUCUGGUGAUGCCAUUUGAGAGGGAUGUGCCUCUGUUUGCUUUGAACAAAGAGCUGAGCAGCAGCAGGAUUAACCAAUGGAGAAAAGAUAUGAGAAAGGUUAAUAAACAACUGGCUAUUCCAAGGUUCUCCGUGGAUUCAAACAUUGACCUGAAGUCCACACUAAGCAAAAUGGGUCUUGGAGACAUCUUUAGCCAGAGCAAAGCCGAUUUCUCACGUAUUACCACUGAGGAGCCUUUAUGUGUAUCCAAGAUCUUUCACAGAGUAAAAAUUGAGGUAAAUGAAGAAGGAACCAAAGGCUCAUCUGCAACAGCGGCUGUCAUCUACUCUCGCAUGGCUGUAGAAAAGAUCACACUGGAUCGGCCAUUCUAUUUCCUCAUUCAGCACAAACCAACUGGUGCGCUGUUAUUCACGGGUCAAGUUAACCAACCUCAAGAAUAUUAAUUGACCACAUUUGUGUUUGAAGUAAACGGCCAAGCAAAAGGACCAAGGAAACUGCCAACAGAUUGGCAGACAACAUACUACUGAAGACAAGAGAUGCUUUGAUUUAUAUUCUUACUGUAAAUGAAAUGAAAAAAUUAAAACCCCUGUAUGUCAUUUGUUUAUUGGCUAGAAGUUCCAAACUUCUAUAAAUAAUGUACUAACAAGGUUACACAAACAAGGUCAGUGCUAUAGUGGAGGACAGUUAUUGGCUCUAAAAUGAAAACAUGACUGGAUGAAGGCCAGCUUAUGUUUGAUGGAUUAGAAACACAUUUUAAUGAACAUAAAUUUAAAGCUGCAGAACAGAGAUUAGUGAUGUUACAUGCACUUACAAUUUGAAGAAAUUUGUAUUUUAUAGGGAGAAAAUGUUUGAUGAUUGAGUUUCAUUUUAUGUUUAUUAUGCUUAUAUUUUUUUAAAAGUUGUAUUUUACAGUAUUUAUCUUAAUUUAUUGUUGGAGUUCAUAUUUUCCUAAAGAUUGUACAUUGUAUCGUUUGCUUGUUUCCCUUUAUAAUAAAAGAGUCAAACACG